UUCUAUUUACCUACAGAGUACAGAUGUUAUAUAUAGCAUUAUAGCAUCUGUGUAUUUACCGAUUUAAAAUUAAAAUAUUACUGAUUCAUUCCUGUCAUGUUGCACUCCUGUAUUUUCACCAACCGGCAACCGCCAUUUUAAUACUUUACCUUUGUCUUUCUGUACGUUAAACGCCUACUGGUCUUAAAAUAAUUCUUUUCGUUUUCGAUUUUGACUAUAGGUAGACAGGUAGUAGUUUAUAAGUAGUUACAUAGUAGUAUAGUACGUACGCUUUAAAGAAGUUACAACCUGUCAGUCGUUAUCUGUUGAGUUGUCGUCCUCGAAUACUGAAGUAUUAUUUUUUUACUUGAUACAUUACAAAAAAAAUGUAUAUUUUGUAUUUGAGCCCAUGAGCUCAUGAGCCAUGGUGUCCUCAAAAGAGUUUGGUUGGUCUUCGAAUAGAAGUUUUUUGAUAUCCAAUAAUACUGAUCAAGGGUUUUCGCCAAAAACCUGGCUUUAGUAUAUAGUUUAUUGACCACUGCCAUAUUAUAACUGAAAGUCACAAAAUGAAUCAACCCGAGCAAAAUCAUAGGUUACUGGAUGUUUGUGAUGAUAAAACUACUUGUUCGCCAAAUAACACUACUUUUCAUAGUUUAAAUAACACAAAUAUUAAUGAAUCAGUCUUGGAAAACAGUGGGCUAAAUGGAGACCUUUGCGAUCCUGGAAAAUACUUUGAUUUACAACGCAUGAUGAUUGAUCAAAAUAAUGUAACGCUAGCUUUGAAAAUGUCCGAAUAUGAAAAAGCAUUAGUUGAAAGGGAUUACACCAUUAAAUCCUUGCAUACAAACAUGAUGAAUUCUCAAAAUAACAACUAUGUUCUAAAUAACCAGUGCAAAAAUAUAAUGGAAAAGACAAAGUCAGUAAAUGAUACCUGUGUCCGCCUUAAUACAAGUUUCACAAAUAUUUGUGAGCGUUUAAACAGACUUGGUGACACAGUAGAUAAUGCAAGAACCAGACAAAAGGAAGUUAUGACAUUAGUGGAUCAAACUACUAGUACAUUUCAAGAAAAAAUUUUGAGUAUUUCAGAUACGCUUGAUGAAUCAUUAAAGCAAGUGACUAUGGAAAAGAUAAGAACAAAACAGGAUUUGGAAAUGUUACAAAAUAAGUAUUCUCUUGAUAUAGCUGCUUUUAAAACAAAUCUACAAGAAUGUACAAAUGAAAUAGAAUAUUUAAAAAAUGAAAAUAAUAUUUUGUUGGAAAAACUGAAUGAUUCAUACAUAAAACUAAAUGAAGAAAAAGAAACUGUGUUGUAUCUUAAUCAACGCUUUGAAACAGAACUUAGAGAGAAAGAAAAUCAAAAUCUACUACUUAUCAAUCAAAAUAAAUCCAUGAAUGAAAAGUUUGAUGAAAUAGGAACUAAAAAUCAAAUUUUGGAAGAUGAACUUAAUAUACUUAAGAAUUCUCUAAAUGAAAACCAAAAACAGUUAAAUAUACAAUCAAAUAUAGUUAAAGAGCAAUCAGAACUGUUGGAUAAUCUAAAAAUAAUUGAGGAAUUAAAUGAUAAAUUAAAAAAGGAUAAUUUUACGUUAAAAGAACAGAAUGAAUAUCUUGAACAAAUUAAUACAAAUUUGGUGGAGGAUAUUAGCAGUAUUAAAUCGUCUCAACAUGGAAUUCAAGAAGAGACAGAAAGCAAAUUUAAAGAUAUGUGUGAAAAUUAUGACAACUUAUUGAAAAUGCAAGAUGAAAGAUUAAAAGAACAAACUGAAAAAUUAGUAUUACAAAAAGAAAAAGAGAUUAAAAAUCAAUCUGAAGUAAUUGAAUUAAAGGAAGAAAUUGAAACGUCUAAUAAAACAAUAACUGGUUUACGAGAGGAACUACAAGCUAAUUAUGUGUUGAUACCUGAAUUACAAAAAAACAUUGAUGAUUUAAAUAAAAAUUUAGUUAAUGCUUAUCAAAAACUUAGAGACUCUACUAAAGACCUAGUUGCAGAAAAAAAUGAACUGGAAAAAGAAAAAAUUGAACUAGAAAAUCAAAGCAAAGAACAUUUUGGUCAGAUUGAAAAACUAACUUCUAAUUAUAUGAAAUAUAAAUCAAAAGCCAAACAGCUAUAUGUAGAAGUUAUGCGACUUAAGUAUCAAGUUUCUCGAUCAGAACCAAAGAAGAAAAUUCAACAACUUCCACCAGUAGAUACUAUUGAGAUAUUAAGUGAUGAUGAUGAUGAGUUGAGUAUAGUUGAAUUUAAUGAUCAAAAUGUAUCAAGCAUGAAUGUUAGUAUACAUUCUACUUCAAACAAACCUUUUCAAAAAUCUAACAUUUCAAGUUUAAAAAGAAAUGGUUCCCCUUUAAUUCAUAUUGGUAGUUCUAAAGUAAAGAAACACUUAACAUCUGUUGAUGUUGCUGCCUCACAUACAACAACAAUUUCACCAAAUAUUUUAAAACAAAUAAAUGAUGCAAGAAAAAUUGAGAAUUCAUUAAACUCAUCAUUUAAAAGUAUUAAUUUAAAACACGAAGAGAAAAAUGCCAAUAAAAUAGAGAAAAAUAAUGAAUACAAUCAAAGUGUAAAUGAUAAUGUUGAUUAUUCUACUGCAAGUCCUCAUCAAAUAAGAAGUAAUGUGAGUAUGGAAAGUAAUAAGAGUCAAGUUAAAUCAAUGUUAAAUGCAGAUUCAAUUCCUGCUGCAAAGAAAAAAUUUAAAAUACCUACUGAUAUUAAGUUAUCUCAAAAAAAAAUUAAAUCAACAAAUGUACAAAAAAAUGACUGGACUAAACCAAAUUCACCUGUUGUUUUUACUGUUCCUUCUCCUAAACUUCAACCUAAAUCUAUUAAAUAAUUAAAAAGUAAGCUGUUGAAAAUUGUCUUAUUGGAAAAUGUCAACAACAAAAAAAACUGGGAGAUGUCAUUUAUUUUGUUUAAAAAUUAGUUUAUGUAUUCAUUUAUUCAAAGAAAGAAAUUAUUUUUAGUUUAA